AUGGGUGGGACUGUUACCUUGAGAUGCAAGGCCACAGGCUACCCAGCUCCACAAUAUCGGUGGGUAAAAGAUGGAGCUGAACUACCAGAUGAGAUUGAUGAAGAACUGACCUUGGAUCCUGUGACAAUGUAUGACAGUGGGAAAUAUUUUUGCCUUGUGUCCAAUCAAGUUAAUGCAGAAGAAAGCGAUGCAGCGGAUUUAGAAGUUUUGCCAUCGUCAGGUAGAUUGUUACAUGUAUCUCUUAAAGUGCUACUGUGAUCAAAAGUUUGGUUGCCCUUUUCUUUCCAGCUUACGAAAGUAGAAGUAAUAAAUACUUACCUCGCCAAACUUCAGGUUAGCUCUGCCGACAUUACUCGAUUCAAAAAGUGGCCGAGAACCACAUUAAGAUCUGGAACUAGUUGGAGCAAGAGGCAUGUGACGUAUUUCAAAUAUGUUAUAGGAAUUUCUUGGCCAAAUUUUAAGAGGUAUGGAGAGUUCUUUUUACCAGAGUUUUUCUCGCGAUUUGACGCGUAGCCCGUGCCAUGCCCUCGAAUAGUAGGGACGUUGAGAAAACAAGGUCAAGGAAAAAUAAGACACGCGUGAUAUGGGCAAGAGGGAAUUGCACCUUCUCUCUCCUCAACUCCCGCGCGUUAUUUGCAUCAGUUUUUAUAUCGCUGAACAUCACUCUUCUUGGAGCCUGGAACAGGCUAUUUGUCCUGUGACAAGGAUGGCAAUUUCGUCGCAGCGCCAAAUUGUGAGCGAUAUUAGGGCGUCUUUUCGCCUCCAUCUAUGUCAAAUACUCACUACUUGUUCAAGUCGUGAAGCCUUAGAUUCUAGUGGUACAAGUCGUAGGAAGGGUUGUACUGGAAACCCAUUUACUGACUACAAGUCCAUGAGUAAUUAGAUUAUUGUACAAUUCCCUAAAAUCUAAAAUUUAGAAACUUUUAAAAUUACGGAGUUAAUCCUACUAAAAUAUACAAGAAAAUACUAAAAAAUAUUACUAAAAUUCUUAGAGCUACAAAUUAUACAGGAGUCACAAUUGUCGCUUAUACGAUCUACAAGGGUAAUGCGUCGUAUGCUGGACUAAAAAGAUUGUAAGCUAGGUUUGUCUUUGACUUUGCUGUCCAAUCUAGACCAUAUACACCUAUUUCAAUUAAGGUUGCUUCUGAGAAGAAAGACGCAUGAUCCAUGUUUCAUAGCCCGCAGUGCAUUAUUGUAGCAAGUCUAGUCAAUUAUGUGCCCGCAACGAACUUAGAAUUAACCGAGAAAGCAAACGCUGCUAACGCUUCUAUGCUAUGUCAGUAGAACGUUAAGACAAUGUAUUUCAAAACACUGAAUCCUAGCCUUUUUAAUUUAAGACAGUGAUUUGAGGUUAGGUUUUUCUCUGCGGUAAUAUCCAAAUGCUGCAAAUUUUCAACGAGUUUGCUUGACUCGUGCACGUGGGAAUUUUGGAUGGAGUUGAAAAAAAUCUAAUUCAAGGUGUUUGUCGAACAACAAUAAAUAACUAACACUACGUGUUUAUCUAUUUUUGAGGCAAUUAUUUUAAAACUGAGUGAAAAAAAAAAGAAUAGAAUGGAUUUGCUUUAUUAAAAUAACCAGCAUUUUAGGCUGGCCCAUACAAAAACGCAGCUUGAUCAGGCGGUAAAACACGCUUCUAAUUUUUUGCCAUGAGAUUUUAAAAAUUAAAUUUUUCAGCUCACUCAUGCUGAAGAAUUUUAGCAGCCAUUUGACUUGAAAGCUGUCUUGAACACCUUUUCACAAAUGGUCUCCAUUAUUUCAAGGAACGUGAACAAGACUAAGUUUCCCACCACAAAAUUGGUUUACCAUAGUGCACUGCAUGCAGGCUAUGAAACAUGGUUCACGGGAGCAACCAUAAUUGAAAUAGGUGUAUAUGGUCCAAAGUACCUCACAGAGUGUUUCCCGUAAUGUACAGUAUUAAAUUUGGGUAUAUGAGAAUCCUUGUUAGUGAUACUUGGAUGACUGAUCACUAGAAAUGUCGUUGACUUUGCUAGGUACCAUACCAUGAUUGACUUUAUACAUAAACGCCUAUUUUGUAGCCUACAACCAGUUGCCAAAAUGUUGAGAAACCCGACGAAAAACCGGCCUUUCUUAAUUCAAAUCACUGCUAGUCACACGUCUGUGAGAUUUAAUACUCAUCUCCCCCCUCCCUUCCGUUGAACGUCGUCCCUCUAAGUUUUGAGCUUGGUCUUAAAUUGCUGGCAACUGUUAUAAGGGGAGGAUUGGGGAUCACAAGCACAAAAUCAUGGGCAGCCCAUUAAAGCCAAAAUAAAGUAUUUUUGCAACUGGUUGUAGUUAGAUUGGCUGGGUUAAGAAGAUUACAGUACUCUACUGAUUGUGUUUUACUUUAAAGCUGUCAAAAUGUGAUUAAUAGUUAGAGUAGCUUGGUGAUGCUCUCUUGCAACCUACGUUAAAUUUAUGUAAAGGAUAAGAAUGUAAACGAGUUUCAAAUAUACUAUGUAGUAAAUUGCAUGGUAAUGAAGUAAACCUGUUAAUAGUUACAAACGCUCUUUGUUUAUCCCCCCAAAUUUUGCAUAACCAUUGCUUCCAAUUUCUACUGGGUUUUAUCGUCGUAAUAAAUAAAAUGAUAUAUAUAGAGAGAAGGACUCAGGAUAUUUGCCGCUGUAUGCAAGUCUUCUUUUUUUCAUCUACGCAAUAUUUUUAAGAUUCGCGAGUUUCUUUCUCACGAUACAUGCGAAACUCUAAUUCAUGCCUUUAUUACUGCAAGGAUCGACUAUUGUAACUCGUUGCUCUACGGUCAGCCAAAAUGUAUCUUAAGACGUUUGCAGUGUGUCCUAAAUAGUGCUGCUAGGCUUAUUCAUCUUACUAGUAGACAUGAACAUAUUACCCCGUUGCUUAUCCAGCUUCAUUGGUUGCCUAUUGAACAUAGGAUGAAAUCACGCCAUUAUGUUUUUUACUUGCCUUUGUAUUUCUCAGUAUUAGGAGGUUUUAGAAAUCACUUAUGGGAACUUGUUCCUCCCUUAGUUGCCUCGAUUAUGGCAAAGUUUGAACAAAAUUAAUUCUUUUAGAGCGUUUUAGAAAUAUUUUGAAAGGAAGUUUAAAGGGUCAUAAAAACGGUGAAUAAACAUGCUAUUAGUAUAGGUAAUAGCAUGAUUUGUAGUGAUAUUUGGCAUAAAUGCCACGAGUGAUAUUUCAAAAUUGUUAUACGAAAUUUCAUGAGCCGUUAGGCGAGUGAAAUUUGAGACAAUUUUGAAAUAUCACGAAUGGUAUUUAUGCCAAAUAUCACAUACAAAUCAUGCUAUUAUUUGUUUAUACUAUACUACCCUCAAAAGGUUUGUAAUUUUCACAUGUAGGUAUUUCAAAUUAAGCUGAAAUACCACUGCUCUAAGCCAAUCAAAUUGCAGAAAUUUCUCAUGUAGUAGUAUAAACCUAAUUAGCUAUUAUCAAAAAAUAAUUAUGAGGUCUGGAUAUGCAGUUUCAUCUCAUAGUGGUUUGAUUCCAUCUGAAACUGUGUACGAAAAUAGGGGAUUGCUUUGGCCGAUUGCGAGAAAGGAGAAUUUUAUAAACGUGCGUUCGGCUACUUUCUUCAUCAUUUUUGUAUGUAAUUUGGUCCACGCCUACAAAUUUCACAGUAAUUUAAAAACUGCUUAGUAGUUUUUUUAAAGUUUCGAUUUGUAAUACACUCAGUUGAUAGUUAAUAUAGACGUGGAAAUACAUCAUUAACACAAUAUAAACUCAGUGUUUCGAAAUACCGGUGAGUCCCAUGAAACAGCAACUGAAACUUAUUGUGAAAACUCGCGUAUCACCUUUUCAUCUUGAUUUUGAACGUUUCUUUUGCCUUUUGAAAUCACGAAAAUAAAACCCCGCGAAAUCCUGUCGUACCAAAAUCCCGAAGUUAAGUACCCGCGAAAUUGAGAACCAAUUAGGUACCCAUGCAGAGUUUCAUGUAACUUUGUAAUGAAAUUUAGACCAGACUUUCGGCCACGUGCUAGGCAACGAAACAGUUCCAAAGUGCACUUUUCACUGAUGUUCACGGAAAAAUUUGGAUUGAUGAAAUGGAAUGUUUUUUGUUUUAGUUUGUAAGCAAACCACAAAAGAUUUUCUGUAUUAAGCUGCAGGUUUAUCCGAUUUUGUGAAGUUAUCGAAUACCUGUUAAGGAAGUUUCAUUUUUCCAUGGAACUUUAUACAACUACUGCAGGAAUCUGAGGUCUCUUCGCAGAAAAGAUAUAAAGAUCCCUUUUGGAUGUGGCGGAUGUUGCAAACGUUUGAUAGGAUGUCUCAUCCGUUAACAACGUAGGCCUUUAGUUUGUAUCUUAUUACUUUUACUUUAAGGUACGAACUGUGGGAUUAUGUUUUUUUUUUCACAAUAAUAGCUAAAAGCUAGGGAAAAAUGAAAUACCGAGGGUGCUAGCCAAUAGACGCUCAUCGGCGAAGAUCUUGAUGACAGAACCGGACAUAGAUCACGCUGUGAACGAAAUUUUGGGGGUACGAGUCCUCUACGUCUUCGCCUUUCUUCACCUUGCACGUUGAACUAACGUAAGAAAUAACAGCGAGAUAAAAGAAAAUUACGUCUCUUUGAUCAGCUAGAUCCCUGUGCAUUUUGCCUUCUUGAAUUUACGCUCCAAAAAUUCAACUGGCGUCAAAACUUUGGGAGCCGAUAUCAGUAGUGUGACCUUCCCAGAGUUUUUACCUAGGUAAAACAAAACCCGGGAUGAAUUUACCUCGGGAGAUUUUUGAUGAAUUUGCCCUAGGUAAAUCGUUUUUACCUAGGUAAAAGUCUGUAGUGUGACCACAGCUAUUACAUAACAUAUAUAUGCUUUCGUAACUUGAUAUCAAUUUAUUUUCACCUUGUUCGUGUAUAUGUAGCCCUUCAAAUGUUAAAAAUGUUUUCCAGGUUUUGAAUUAUUAUUUUUAUUGUGAAAGGUUUGAACCCAGGAGUCAUUUCAAAAGUAGGUUGAGUUUGAUCGUCCGGGUGAACGUAGUCCUGAAUAGGACUGUUGUUGUUGACAGUGACUAACGUUUCGACAACCUGUGCGGUAGUCAUCUUCAGAGUCAAAGUGAGUUGUAUCACGUCAGUUGAUAGUAUUAUAACCAGAGUAUAAUACCAUCAACUGACGUGAUACAACUCACUUUGACUCUUAAGAUGACUACCGCACAGGUUGUCGAAACGUCAGUUUCUGUCAACAACAACAUUCCUAUUCAGGACUACGUUCACCCGGACGAUCAAACUCAUAACCUACUUUUAUUAUUUUUAUGCUGUACACUGAAGAAGCCCGUAGAGUGAAACGUUUUUACGUCUAAUAAAAAGUGAAACAUUUGAAAAGUUGGAGACCUCACAUCCAGUUUAUAUUUCUAUAUAAAUAACUUAUCAGUGUGUUAAAAUAGCAGAUGUUCCGUAAUUGAUAUUUUAUUUUACGCCAUCAGUUCCGUUAGAUAUUCUGGCCCGAGGUUCCCUGGCCACGGCAGUCUACAAUCGAGAACUUAAAGAAGGAUACGGUUACGCCAGAAGAGUGCCAAUCAUGAUAAUUGGGCAAGCUCGGACAGGGAAGACAAGUCUAAAGAAGUCUUUAAAAGGGGAAUUGUUCGAUCCAAAUGAAGGAAGCACAGAAGGUAUAGAGACGGAUCCUUCCUAUUUUAAAGUCACGACAGACGUCUGGAGGACAGGCCAGAAAAGGACAGGCAGUAAUAGCGAAGAUACUCAAACAGAGCCAGAAUUUUUGUUAGACCGCCAGCUAGCCCAGAAUAUAUUCAAAGGCUUAAAGGAGACAGAACGUUUAGAGGAUCCUAGUACGAGUUGGACCAAGCCAUCAGUUAUAGAUGUCAAAGAAGUCGAGCCAUCUGAAGCGAAUUCACCGCCCACUGAACGAUCAGAGGAAUCUAGCAGUAACGGGUUCGAACCGUCAUUUCGAGAUUCCAAAGCAGUCGAGAAUGCCAAAGCCCCUUCAUUACGUACAGAAGUUUCUGUAGAACCAGAGGAACUCAAAACCAGUUCAACAGUUAUAGAGCAGAUUGAGAGCGACCCAUCAACUCAAGACUCCAAAGAUCAUCAAAAAGUACCAGAAAACGUAGCAGCAUUGGUUCAAGAACUGCUUAAAGAUAACACAAAGUUCAUGGAGGGAGACGGCAUGUAUUCUGUCAUUUGGGAUUUUGGAGGACAGUCUGUUUUCUACGACACCCAUCCAAUUUUCUUGACAGAAAAGGCCAUCUACAUUUUGGCUUAUGAUCUCAGUCGUUAUCCGUAUCAGAAAGCCGACACUCCUAUAAAACAAGGCAUGUACAAGGAUAUAGAAGACAACGACUGCCAAAAAACAAACUUUGACUACCUUGAUUUUUGGAUGUCAUCAAUUUAUUCUUUGGUUAGUAAAAAUACUAACCGUCAGAAAACGUCGUCGCCACAAACGUUGCCUUCAGUUUUCCUGGCUUGUACGCAUGCUGACGAACCUUACACUAAGAAAGGUAAUCCCUCCAAAGAAAUCUAUGGAGCUUUGAAAGACAAGAUUUAUCGCGAUCUCCUCAAAGGCUUUUUUGUUGUAGACAAUACGAAGUCAGGCAGCGAUGAUGAGUGCCAAGGCGUGAAAAAAUUGAGAGAAAUUGUACUUUCUGUUGCUAAGGAGCUUCCACAAAUGAAAGAGGAAAUUCCUUUAAAGUGGUUAAAGUAUGAAAAGCUUCUGUAUCUUUUAAUGAGCAAGGGCCGCCAGAGGAUAUCCAUCGAGGAAGCACGACAGAUAGCCAAGGAUGACUGCGGGAUUGACGACGAUGUGAAAUUUCGAACAGUACUUAACUUCUUAAGCGAUCAAAAAGUUUUGAUUAAUUUUAAUGAAUUACCGGAAUUGGAAAGCAUGGUCAUUUUGAACCCACAGUGGCUUGUAGACGUGUUUAAGGAAGUAAUCACGUUCAAAAGUUUCAAUCCCCCGGAGAAUAACGUUGAAAGUUUCAAUACCACGGAGAACAGCGUUGAAAGACUGUGGAAAGAUUUUGAGACGACUGGAGUCUUAGAUAGAAAGGUUUUAGUUCAUGCAUGGGGACGCUUCAUUGAUGACCAAGAAACCUGCAAGAGCCUCAUUGCUAUAAUGGAGAGAUUUAGUCUGCUUUGUCCAUGGCCAUCAGAAGGGACCAAAGAGCAGUAUCUUGUACCAUCCAUGUUGAGGUCUCCCCCAACAGAUGAUGUUCUUAAGCUCCUUGCUUCUGCCCAAAUUCCUUCACUUUUUGUGAGGUUUGAAUCACGCAGAGUGCCUCCAGGCCUGUUUUCACGACUUAUUCUGCUUUUGCAUAAGUGGACCCAAGAAAGAUGGAUGAGCCCUAUCAAACCUGUGCUGUUCAAUAACGUUGCCUUAUUUCACAUCCUUCCUCAUAAUGCCACUUCCCUUGUCUUACUCUGCCAUUCCUCGUCCAUCGAGAUAGUUUUGUGUGUUGGAGAUGGUGUAGCUCUUGCUAACGAGGCAAGCUUUAGCUGUGAAGUUGAUCGGAAUGUAAGCCGUGACAUUCAUCGACAAAUGAGAUUGUUUCUUGAAUGCAUGCGUAAGGAGUUCUUCUGGUUAGAGCAUAUGAGAUACGAAAUGUGUGUCUCUUGUCCUGUGUGUUCUCUGCAGAAAGGGAGCUCCAAAUGCCGUAAACAUUGUGUGCGAGGCUGCGAUUGUUUGCAUCUGUUGUCAGAAUUAGAGAUGCAAAACCUUCCAUAUUGUAAAAGGCCUGUUGUUUGUGGGGAUCGCAGGAUUUUCAAAGCGAUGUUCGUACCUUGGUUUUCAUUUUCACACGAGGAAGAAGGAAGGAUUUCCCUUACUAAGGUUUGUUGUUGCAUAUUCCAAAAAACGAGUGAUUAAAUAAUCAUUCAUCAAAAUUGCAUACAACUCUUACGUUUUUUUUAUAUACCGUUCCAAAUUAUAGUUCACGAAUAUACACGCGAUUACAUGUUAAAGACCCAUCCUGACUUCCUUUCAACAGUAACAGUAACAUGCCAAUUCUUUCUCAGUAGGUUCCGUCAAACUGCGUGUACAAUUCUCUCUACAAAAAGCGAAAGCGUUUGCAGUAGUAAAAAGAUGGAAAUCCUCGACGAACUCUCAAAUAUUUACGUACAUCUGAAAACUGGCGUGCUUAAAAUCGGAGCUAUCAUUAAUAUCAUUUAUAUUUUGUCACAGCAACAAGAUGUAAAUGGAUGUAACCAAGGUGAACAACACUAAGCAGUCUCUACGAGAG